AUGUCCAGAAACGAAGCUUUAAAGAACUGGUAUGUAGACGAAUUUGAAAAGUUGAUCAACGACGGCUAUAUGACAGAGGUUACAGCUGAGAAGGAUGUGCAGUGGAAAUCUAAUGGUGGCAAAGUCUACUACAUCUGUCAUUUCGUACACUUUAAUGAGCAUAGUUCCUCAACCCCACUCAGAAUCAUAUUUGAUGCAAGUGUUCCAUUUAAAGGCAAGGCUAUAAACUCCUUGUGGGAAUCACCACCAAAUUUGAUUCCACCAAUUCCAACCCUGCUGUUCAGGUUCCAGGAAAGAAAAAUACCGGUUGCAAUGGACAUAAGUAAAGCAUACUUCACUGUUCGCCUUGAGACAGAAGAAUCUCAUCUGCACCGCCUUUUGUGGAAUCAACUGGACAAGGAAAAAGAAGUCAAGACGCUGCGAUUACUACGAAACUCCUGGGGAACUACUCCGGCAGGUGGUAUAUGCAGUGUAGCAAUGCUCAUCAUAGCUGAGAAAUUCAAGGACAAGUACCCACAGGUAUACGAAUUCGUAAAAUCGAACUUGUAUGUUGAUGAUGGUACUACAAGUGUUGAUGAUGUUUCCACGGCAUUACAACUUGCUAAGGAACUCAACAUUGUCCUCAGUGAGGCAUCCUUCAUCAUAAAACAUUUCAUGAUCGGUGGAAGUGAAAGUGAUAUUGAUGCCCACAUAAAGAAGUGCCCGGAUGUACCUGACAAUGUGCGACGGACACCAGAACAGGAAAGGAUCCUGGGUAUAAUAUAUCAUUCUACAAACGAUGAAAUUUCCAUUUCAGGUAGGAUUAACUUCUCAAAGAAAAGGAGAGGCAUUAGAUCAGAGGAAGAUAUCAGUUUAGAAGACUUUGAUGAUGCCUUCCCUGACACUUUCAGUCAAAGAAAUUAUUUACAGAUCAUAGCAACCAUCUAUGAUCCGACGGGACUUGCAACUCCGGUUACCAUCUGCCUGAAGCACGAACUAGGUCAAAUAUUCCGCCUCAAACAGGAAUGGGACGAUCCAAUCCUAGAUGGUAAUGAUGACUUACCUACAACCUGCAGUCGGUGUAAAGAAGUGAUUCGUUCGAUCUACGGUCUAAAAGAAGUCAGGUUUGUUCGCUGUCUUACACCGGAAACUGCAGUUGACAAACCCACUCUAGUAAUUUUUUGUGAUAGUUCUCAGACUGCCUAUGGAUGUAUCGCAUACUACAACUGGAAGUUAGAAAAUGGAGAGCGAGCAUCUGUUCUUGCCAUGUCAAAGGCAAAACCUUGGCCACAAAUUCCGACGUUAACGAUCCCCCAUGGUGAGUUACUUGGAUGCCUGCUGGGUGCCAGAAUGCAACAGACUAUUGUCAAAAAAUCAAGCUUCAUUUUUGAAAGGGUAAUGUUGCUAACUGACAGCACCAUAGUUCUGGGACAACUGCGUCAUGAGCCCUACAAGUACAACAUGUGGACAGCCAGCCGUAUCAGUGAAAUACAAACUCUGACUGAUAUUCGCAAUUGGUACCAUGUGGACUCUGGAAACAACGUUGCCGAUGAUGCGUCACGCGGUCUUAACCCAUCUGAAAUGGGAAAGGAUUACAGAUGGCAAAAAGGUCCAGACUUCAUGAAGGACAUCAACAAAUGGCCAAUCAAACAUGCAAAUGAAGUUCAUGCGAAGAAAGAAGAUCUGGACAUAAGAAUAAAAGAUCCAUGGAUGACCAUUGGAAGAUGCAAGUCACUAUGUGUCCAGAUUGAUGGUGGAACAAAUGAAGAUUAUUCAGUUAUUCUUGAUAUCCUAAAAACAUUUAGCAUAACGGUCGACAAAAAUGACAGCCUGAUGAAGAUUAAACGUCGCAUCUCUAGAAUCAUAAGAUUUAUGGAAAAUGCUUCACAACUUUUCAGAGAUUGA